AAUUUCAGGAGAAUUGCUCAAAACUGAAGCAGAAUAGGAAAUUCCGUUACAUUUACAGCCCUUAACUCGCAACUCCCUCUCAUCUCUCUUCCCACAUUCAUUCUCCGCCGUUCAUCUCAACCCCACCACCAUGCCACCUCCACCCACCACCACAUUCCUCCUUUUCCUCCUCCUUAUCUUCCAACUCCUCCUCGCCGGCGGCGUAUCCUCCCAGGACACCGAUCUUGAAUCGGACUGCACCGACAGAUGGAUCCACAUCCGCCACCUCCCGCCCCAAUUCAAUCUCGACCUCCUCGCCAACUGCUCCGAGUACCCACUCUUCGACAACUUCUGCCCCUACAUCUCCAACCAUGGCCUCGGCCAGAAAACCCACAAUUCCUCGCACAGCUGGUACAGAACCGACCCCUUUAUGCUCGAACUCAUUUUCCACCGCCGCAUGCUCGAGUACCCGUGUCUCACCCCUGAUCCGAAUCUCGCGACCGCAGUUUUCGUCCCGUAUUACGCCGGGCUCGACAGCCUGAAGUAUCUUUUCGGCCCGGAAGUGAACUCAAGCUUCCGACACGGGUUGGAUUUGUUUGAAUAUAUAACUAAUGUAGACAACCCUUCGAUAUGGAACAAGAAUCUGGGUCAUGACCAUUUUUUGGUCAUGGCCCGACCCGCUUGGGAUUUCAGCCAGCCGUUGUCGAACAACCCACCAAUUUUCGGGUCUUCGUUUCUCGAACUGCCUGAGUUUUUCAACAUUACCGCAUUGACAUUGGAAGCCAGGGCCUAUUCCUGGCAAGAGCAGGCGAUCCCAUACCCAACAUCCUUCCACCCUCCAAAUCUAGCGUUCUACGAGUCUUGGGUGAACAGGGUGAAGAAAUCCAAGAGAACCACACUGAUGUUGUUUGCCGGCGGUGGUGGGAUUUCGUCGAAUCCGAAUGUUAGGCGAAGCAUUAGGCUGGAAUGUGAAAAUGUCACUAGUAUGAGCACCAACGGGACCGGGUACGCGAAAUUCUGCGAUUUUGUGGAUUGCUCGAAUGGUAUUUGUGAACAUGACCCAAUCAAGUUCAUGAAGCCAAUGCUGCAAUCCAGCUUCUGUCUGCAGCCGCCGGGGGACACCCCGACUAGGCGGUCGACAUUCGAUGGGUUCCUGGCGGGCUGCAUACCGGUGUUCUUUGAAGAAAUCUCGGCGAAGAAGCAGUACGGGUGGCACCUGCCGGAGGAGAAGUAUGAGGAGUUCUCAGUGUUCAUACAAAAGGAGGAUGUGGUGUUCAAGGGGGUGAAGAUCAUGGAUGUUCUGAUGAGCAUACCAAGGGCUGAAAUCAGGAGGAAGAGGGAAAAGGUAUUGGAGAUGCUGCCUAGAGUUAUGUACAGAAAGCAUGGGAGUUCAUUGGGAUUAAGGAGUAAGAAAGAUGCAUUUGAUAUUGCAAUUGAAGGAACUCUGCAGAGAAUCAAGUCAAGAACUGAAGAAAUUGCAGCUCAGCAUUAUGUAUUAGAAUGAGUUUUUCUUGUCUAGUUUUGUUCUCCACCUUUGUAAAUUAUUACAGCUAUUUGUUUCCCACUUCAUAGGAUUAUUUAUUUGUGCUCCUAAGAGGGUGAUGAAAACCAUGAAUCUUCAAAUCUCUCUGUAUUUCCACUUAUGCUCUUGUCAAAUCUCUUGAUAUGGGCUUUUGCUAAUUUUCAAGUCUAUAUGAAUUUGCACCUA